AUGCUUCUUCUUGCGGGGCGGGGUGUGUUAGGUGCACGACCCCGUGACCCGGAACGACGUGUUCGCUCAGGUCCUGUGGGCUCCGGGAAAUCCACCUUGGUCCUGGGCCUUUUGAGGGAACUGACCACCUCGGGGUUGGUUCAGUGCGGAGGGCGCAAGGCCCUGUGUGGCCAGGAGCCCUGGAUUAUGUCAGCCUCCGUCUAUGAGAAUAUUUGUGCGGUGGAUGUGCAUGUGGCAACCGCCCUGAUCCAAGAGGCCUUGCUGGGAGCCUUGAAGAGCAGCACCCGAGUCGUGGUGGCCAAUACCUUCCUCCCACUGCUGCUGCCGCAUGCUCAGCAGGUGGUGAUCCUGGAUAGCCAGGGUGGCAUUGAAGCACAAGGGCCUUUAGAAGUGGUUCACAGGGAAUCCCCUUGGCUUCAAGAGGUGACUUCAGCUGCGCCCGCGGUGACCGCCUCAGUGACUGUGAAGGAUCCUUCCACCAAAGAGGCGUCAGGCGCCCUACUCAUCGCUGAAGACCGGAACGUGGGAGUUUUGAGCUUCCACGCCUAUGCCUCAUAUUUUCAGCAUGCCACGUCAAGCGGCAGUUUGGCUCUUGGUGCCUUGCUCUUCCUCACCGUCUUUGGACUCGCCCUGCUGGCCGAAGGCUUUCGCACCUUCACCGAGGUCUGGGUCACCUUAUGGACCUCCUCCGUGUCGUCUCAGGAGGCAGACAUUGAUGUGGGGUUUUGGGUGCUGGGCUAUGGCUGCAUUGUUGUGGCCGUGCUGGUCAUUGGGCUGAUUCGGGCCAUGGUCUUUAGCCGAAUCGUGACCCAGAUCGGUGGCGGCACCUUCCAUUACAUGGUGCAAAAGGUGUUGAAUGCUUCAGCUCCUUUGUUCUUUGAUGUGGUCCCAGUGGGACGUAUCCUGAACCGCUUUUCCAAGGACUUGGACGCGAUGGAUACGAUGCUUCCAGAGUGCAUGUCUGAGCUUCUCACCAGCUUCUCCUACAUCCUCUCCAGCAUGGUGAUGUGCACCAUGGUGUCCACCUAUGCCUUAGCUGGGUUGAUCCCACUGUGCAUGAUCUUUAUAUACAUUCGCAGGUACUACGUUGCCAGCUUCCGAGAGCUUCAGAGGCUCGAGUCAGUGUCCAGGAGCUCCCUCUAUGUACACUUCUCGGAGGUCUCAACCGGGCUGGUACAUCUUCGAAGCCAGCUGUGCACAGAGCACCCUGCAGUGCUGUGGCUCGUGCCGGCGGUACAAAAGCGCGUGUCAUUUCAGUGUAGGAGUUCGGCCAUGAAAACGCCAAUGGCACCGAACUUCGAGGAGUUCCUGGACGCUUCGCUGGGCAUUCUUCGAAAUCAUUUGCUGCAAGCGGCCCGGAGGCCAGGCGCGACCAGCUCAAGCUCUCAGUCCACAUUCGAGUAUGACUUGCAGAGACUCCACGGGGCACCCUUGACUGCAAGCCUGGAGGUGCAACAGGUCGCAAGCGUGCUGGACUCCAUGCCUUCGCCCUAUGGCCAGGUGGAGUCUGACCCUUCUGAUACCGUCCCGGUGAUUCCAGACAUCGAGGAACGCUCCAGGCUGACUGAUACCGUCCCGGUGGUUCCAGACAUCGAGGAACGCUCCAAAAAGACCAGCGUGGUGUCGGAGAAAUCGGUGGAGAUGGACACGCCGGGCAUCGCGCACGGAGACUCCUCGGCGAUUUUGAAUUCCAACCUGUCGGAGAUGAAUGAAGCUGAGAAGAGUGCCAUUCGCCAUCGGCUCCGCGCACGCUUGGGGCAGGUGAGCUCCAAUAAGCUGGUGUCGGGCAAGUCGCUGCAUGAGGCGAUUUGCGCACUGGGCUUGACGCGUUACAGCGAAGAGAAUGUGAAUGACCUUUUGAAUCACUUGGCCUCCUUCAUCGAUUUGAGAUUCGACGAGCCGGAGGACACCUGGUCCGGUUCCAUUGCAUCCUUUUCCAUCCUCGGCAUGAAGACACCGAUAUCCACUUUGGGUCCUCCAGUUUGGGAAUGGCCCAGUGACGUGGCGGGAAUUCCUCACGGUGCCUCCUCACGUAGCAUCUAUCAGAGUUACCACUCAGAGAGGGCGCCGACCGUCACUAAGAACCUGAACGUGGUCCCAUUGGGAGCGUUAAUGGAGCUCUUUCUGGCCAAGGAGGGGGAUGUGCAGAAAAAGAUUUUCGGGAAGCAACUCGUGAAACAGUUCAAGGCCAUGAAAGAAAUCCUGCUGGCUGGAGACACGAACCGUUUGGUGGCGGAGCUCACCUGCGUGCGCAUCAACGACCUCGCUGAGGCCCCGGAGCCGAUCCCCAUGUUGGCGUAUCUCGAGCCCUUUGUAGCUGUGGUGAUUUUCGUGAAUGGUGUGAUGAUGGGCUUCCAGACGGAUCCCCACUACGAUACCUGGCCUGGGUGGGCUUACUUCGAGCUUGGCUUUGCUAUCGUUCUCAUUUUAGAAGUGUGUUUGCGGCUUUUGCUGGUGGGUUGUCGAGAAUUCCUCCGCGGUGCAGACCGUUGGUGGAACUCCUUGGACUGCUUUUUGUCCAUAGGCGCAUGGGUUGAUGUCAUAAUACAGUUCGCGUGGCGCGAUUCCCCCGAUGUCAUCGGCACGUUCCUUGUGAGAUAUCUUCGCCUAGUGCGAAUGGCACGGAUCGUGAAGAUUUUCCGUCUCACAUUCAUGAAGGAUUUGAGGCUGAUGAUGCGCGGCUUGAUUGCUGGGGUAUGGACACUGGCCUUGGCUUUCAUUUUGCUCUUCACGGUGAUCUAUGUGAUUGCUGGCACUGCCACCAUCACUCUGGAUCGACAGGUCUUACUGCGGAUUGGUAUUGAAAGCUACUUCUACAACAUCCCCACAACCAUGUUUACUGCAUUCCGUUGCUUCACAGGUGAUUGUGUGGACGAGCUUGGGCACUCCUUGACCUCCAAGCUCUCCCAAGAGUUUGGCGUAAUUUUCGUUUUAGGCUACAUCGCCAGCUACAUGUUGGUCACAAUGGGCAUUUUCAACGUGAUUCUGGCUGUUUAUGUGGAGAUCACCAUGAGGUCCGCCAAGGAAAGUGAUGAGCAAUACAGCCUGGAGUCGAUUAAAGUGGCCCGCGCGACCCGGGAAUUGUUGAAGAAAUUCGCUGCAGCACACCACGUCUUCCAUGUGAUGGAAGAUCACGCAGUUGAGCUCUCUCAGUUGGAGAUCAGCCAAUCUGCAACGCUCUUUACAGAUGAUGAGAUUCAGGAGAACAUCGAGAUCUCCAAGGAGCUCUUUCUUUUGGUGAUUCAUGAUCGAGGAGUGCAGGCCUUGAUGGAUGACUUGGAACUACCGUCCAAUCGCGCACACCUCUUCGAAGUUAUCGAUGCGGAUGGGUCCGGAACGCUUCAUAUCCAAGAGCUCGUGCAGGGUUUAUUGAAGCUUCGCGGGGAGGCCAGGCCAGUACGUGUUGGCAUGUCGUGGGCCAUCGUGGGCCCAUCCCAAGGUGAUUGAUUUGUCACAUCCAGUACUGAGAGGGCAGUGCAGUUGGAAUUGGUAGCAAUCCGGUCCUUUGGUACCUGUAUAUGUUAUGAAUGAUGGAUGUUGCCGUUAAACCCUGAGCUGAGGUGAACAAAGGCGAUUGCGUAGCGCCGCUCCUGGCCACAAAGUCUGUCCAAGAGAUGGUAUGUUCCUUGCGCACAGAUCAGCACACAAACUUUGAACGGAUUCAUCGAGAGUUGCUGCUCAACAGCUACAAGCCUGCCCCCCUCUAUGAGCCAAAGCGGGCAGAGUCCGAGUCCGAAAGUCUUCCCUUGCCAGUGGUGUUGACUGCGCCAGACAGCACAGCCAACAGCACAGCCAGCAGCACAGCCAACACAGUGGAGAACCCAUCCGGAGUGAUUUCGAGGCUGGCCAAGCUACAACUGCCGGUCACCCGUAAACCAGAGAUUGACAUGCCACCUGAGCCUUCGCCAGUGUUCGAUUGAGACGUGGCAGUUUCACAAAAGGCCCACGCGACUCCACCCUCUAAGAGGGAGAGUCGCCCACUUCCAUGGACGUGAGCAGUUGCAGCCAAGCUUCAUGAACUAUGUCAAUGGAAGGUGCCGUACCGUAGUACCCAAAUGGGUUUUGAUCGACCGAGGAUGAGCUUGAGCCAUUUCCUCUUGAGGCCGGCCAGAUCUGUCGACCACAAAGUGGGCAGAGUGCGGCUGGACGGGGAAAGGGUCGGCCCAAGGCUAAUUAGUCCAUG